AUGUUCUUGAAGCAACUCAUCAUCUUCUCUACCAUCGCAAUCAAACAGGCAGAAGCUCGCGAAGCGGCUGAGCUCGACGAGCGUUUUUAUUAUCAUCACUACGCCCCAGAGAAGCGUGACGCAGACCUGGAGGAGCGAUUUUACUAUCACCAUUAUGCCCCAGAGAAGCGGGAUGCAGAGUUGGAAGAGCGGUUUCAUUAUCACCACUACGAACCAGAGAAGUGGGAUGAAAACCUUGAAGAGCGCUUCUAUUACCAUCAUUACUCUCCAGAGUCAUGA